GCGCGGGCCCUGCAGGCUCUGGAGGGGACUGCCCGGGAGUGGCCCGCCCCUGGAUCGCUGCUCACCGCCCGGCCCUCCGUCAAGUCCGCGGUAAACAUUUCCGGCCCCUCCCACCGCGCGCCGCCUCCGUUCGGGGGGCUGCUCGCCGCGGUCGGAGCCCAGCAGUCCCGGAGUGCUGCCUUCGCAGCAGCGCGGGAGACGGCCGCGUUCCAGCCUUGCUGACGACCCCCGGAGUUGAGCCUGCCGAGUUGGGUGCGGGAGCACCGGCCCCGGGUGGUCGGGAACCCUAAGGCCCCACAGCCAUCCGCAGGUCAAACGUGACGGGGAUCCCUCCUGGAUAGAGUUGGAGGGGAGGUUGAUGGACAGUCGACAGGCCUAAGUGUCUACCAUCAAAGGAAGAUCUCUGCCCCCUGGGGCUGAGAGACCCAAACCUCUCCUCAAGCUGAAGCUGCAGGGUAUUGAGGUACCAGCCAGAUGUCUUCCCACAAAGGGCCUGCGGUGGCACAGGGCAAUGGGGCUCCUUCUGGUAACAGAGAAACUGACACGGUGGAACUGGCUGAACUGGGACCCCUGCUGGAGGAGAAGGGCAAGCGGGCAACCACCAGCCCAGCAAAGGCUGAAGAAGAACAGGCAUGCCCAGUGCCUCAGGAAGAGGAGGAGGAGGUGCGGGUACUAACACUUCCUCUGCAAGCCCACCAUGCCAUGGAGAAGAUGGAGGAGUUCGUAUAUAAGGUCUGGGAGGGGCGCUGGAGAGUAAUCCCGUAUGAUGUGCUUCCCGACUGGCUGAAAGACAAUGACUACCUGUUACAUGGCCACAGACCACCUAUGCCCUCCUUUAGGGCUUGCUUCAAGAGCAUCUUCCGCAUCCACACAGAAACUGGCAACAUCUGGACCCAUCUGCUUGGUUUCGUGCUGUUCCUCUUUUUGGGAAUCUUGACCAUGCUCAGACCGAAUAUGUACUUCAUGGCCCCCCUGCAGGAGAAGGUGGUGUUCGGGAUGUUCUUCCUCGGCGCGGUGCUCUGCCUCAGCUUCUCCUGGCUCUUCCACACCGUCUAUUGUCACUCAGAGAAAGUCUCACGGACUUUUUCUAAACUGGACUAUUCAGGGAUUGCUCUGCUGAUCAUGGGGAGCUUUGUCCCCUGGCUCUAUUACUCCUUCUACUGCUCCCCACAGCCACGGCUCAUCUACCUCUCCAUCGUCUGUGUCCUGGGCAUUUCUGCCAUCAUUGUGGCACAGUGGGAUCGGUUUGCCACUCCUAAGCACCGGCAGACAAGAGCAGGCGUGUUCCUGGGACUUGGCUUGAGUGGUGUUGUACCCACCAUGCACUUUACAAUCGCUGAGGGCUUUGUCAAGGCCACCACAGUGGGCCAGAUGGGCUGGUUCUUCCUCAUGGCUGUGAUGUACAUCACCGGAGCUGGCCUGUAUGCUGCUCGGAUUCCUGAGCGCUUCUUUCCUGGAAAAUUUGACAUAUGGUUCCAGUCUCAUCAGAUUUUCCACGUCCUGGUGGUGGCAGCGGCUUUCGUCCACUUCUAUGGGGUCUCCAACCUUCAGGAAUUCCGGUACGGCCUGGAAGGUGGCUGUACAGACGACUCCCUUCUCUGAGCCUUCCCACUGAUGGUGGAGGAGGAACUUCCCAAGUGCUUUUAAAAAUAACUUCUUUGCUGAAGUAAGAGGGAGAGUCUGCGUUGUCUGUUUCUAGAAGAAACCUUAGAGAAGUGAGUACCAGUCAGCUUCAGCUCACUGUCACAGCCACUGGGCAAUAAACCUCCCCUUCCCAUCCCCUGGCUGGGAGCCACCUCCUCAGCAGCCCUCAGCAAGGACUGCUAGUCCUUCAAAGAUAGGACUAUGAAGCUCAUGUUGAGAUUUCACCCAUUCCUCCAGCCAUUUUGGGGAAAAAAAUAUGAACUGGGAUUCUUCAGAAAUUAUGUUUUGCUUUUUCUUGAAGAAAAUAUCCCUCCCUCACCCCCAUCCUUACUUUGUAACCUGGCUGAUAACAGGCCAUCCGUUUUUGUAACACACUUUUCAAAAACAAUUAUAACCUGGUCCCGUCUUUCUAGGGCCUAGACCUGCUUAUAUGGCAGGACAAACAAAGCCCCCGCCUUGAUGUAGCCCGGCUAAUCAUGGAAGUAUGUCCAGGCUUCAAAUAACUUGAGUUUAAAACCUUUUUUUUUCUUGGCAGAGUAAUGUAAAAUUAAAAUGGGGAAGAUAUUUAAUAUUUAAUACUAAGCUUUAAAAAGAAACCUGCUAUCAUUGCUAUGUACCUUGACUCAAAGACUAUUAUGAUAAUAAAAGAAAGUACAGAUAACGCUUGGCAUUCAAAGAGUUAACAUGUAUUGUCUCAACUGCUUGCUCACAACUCCAGAGAAUUGAAGCUUGAGAUGAUUCCAGCUUCUACUGAGACACAAAUCUGAAUCAUCCUGACAGUCAGACUCUGUGGUCAGUGAAUAAGCACAAUUCAGUUCCAGCUUCUGAUCUCUAGUACAGUAUCACCACCCAGACACCCGGUUAGGAACACUGCUGUGCCGACU